AUGGGGGAUGAUCUCGCAGAUAAUUCUAGCGUUCCUCCGUACUUAGUCGAUAAGUACAACGAGUAUAGUAUCCAAAUAAUACGCUGGAUUCUCAAGUCAAUUAGUGUAUGGCCGCUGGUACCUAAUGGUUUAAGUAUGUUCGUCGAUUCGCAGAUGUCCUACGAGACUAGGCUGCAAAAUUUCGGUCCACUCACCUUCUGGUUCAUAGCGAUGGUGAAUUAUUCCUGCCUUCUAAUGCACGUUGAUGAUAUACACAAUUGUGUAGAACACGUGAAAAUGGACUGGCUGAUCAUCAGAAGAUUAGAGGAUCAGAAAGUUAUGCUAAAGAGCGCCAAGUUAGGUCGAUUCAUCGCCGGUUUCUGCGCCGUGUUCAUGCACUGCGGUGUAUUCUCGUACAAUGUCGUCCAAGGUCUCUCAAAAAGUAUUCUACACAUGGAAAAUAGCAGCAUAGUAGUUCGCGGGUUACCUUAUCCCUUUUACAACAAGAUCCUAAAUGUGCACUUCAGUCCGGCAUACGAGUUCGUGUUCUUUCUACAGUGCCUUUCGUCUUUCGUAGUCAACUGCAUUACCGUCGCCACGUGCGGUUUAACAGCGGUUUUCGUGAUGCAUGCGUGCGGUCAAAUGAAAAUUAUGAUAGCCUGGCUUGAAAAUCUCAUUAAAGAUAGAAAAGAGGAAAGUUCUCUAAAGCAAAGAUUUGCAAUCAUCGUAAAUCAUCAUUUAAGAAUCUUGAGUUUUGUAUCCCGUACAGAGAAAAUUAUGAAUAUAAUAUGCCUUGUGGAAUUAAUUGGAUGUACUAUGCAUAUAUGUCUCUUAGGUUAUUAUUGCAUUAUGUCAAAGUCUAUCGAGUCCAUAACAGAUGGAUGGAAUUACAGUAUUCAGAUGAACCGUUGGUUUUUGAAGCCAAUUGGCGUAUGGCCAUUGACUCUCUGCGAAACAAUGAUGGAGAAAAUCGGUUGCAUGAUCCUGACGGUGAUUAGUUGUUUAUUGAUAUGUUUCUUACUCAUUCCAUGUACUCUCUGCACUAUCCUAGUAGACACCGAUCUCGACACCAAGAUCAGGAUGAUCGGUCCGGUCAGUUUUUUGCUAAUGGCCGCGGUGAAGCAAUACAUUCUUAUUAAUCGCAGCAAGAACAUCGACGAAUGUAUUCGGCACAUCCGCACGGAUUGGAGCCGUGUCGCGUUGGGUCACGAGAGAGAUAGAGAAAUAAUGGUUAACAACGCUAAGUUCGGCAGGUGGCUUUCCUCCAUCAGCGCAAUCUGCAUGUAUUCCGCCGGUAUAUUUUUCACCACGGUGAUGCCGAUUUGCGCAAGGAGAACAGAGAUCAUUGACAACGAGACAGUGAGAUCGCUUUCCUUUCCAAUUUAUCGUGGUCUCUUUGAUCCACGCACCACGCCAUUUUUCGAAAUCGCGCAAUUUACGCAAGCUCUAGCUGGUUACGUCAUCUAUACGAAUACUAUCAGCGUGUGCAGUCUGACAGCAGUAUUCGUCAUGCAUGCCUGCGGUCAAUUUCGUAUACUCAUGCUAAAAAUGGAGGAUCUCGCGGACGGAAAAGAGAGGAAGAGUGCGAAUAGCACCCACGAAGGAAGGCUUGGUGACAUUGUAAAACAUCACAUUAGAAUACUCAGUUUCAUUGCUCGCACCGAGAAGCUUUUAAAUGAAAUUUGUCUCGUGGAUGUAGUCGGAUGUACGCUUAACAUAUGUUUUUUAGGAUUCAAUAUGAUGACGUGUAUACAAAUCGGCAUGAAGUCUUAUAUGAUAAAUUGGUAUCGCAUACCGAAUAAGGGAGCACUAGGUUUGACAUUAAUAAUGGCCAUGUCCAAUGCCACGAUCAAACUUACAGCUGGAAAAUUUAUGGACUUAUCUUUAGCCAGUUUUUGCAGUCUAUGCCGGUGGAUCCUGAAACCGAUCGGUAUUUGGCACAUGAUUCACGGUCGUUCGUCGCAAAGCGAUAAGCUUCUUUCAUUAAUGCUGAUCUUUAUGUGUUUCUUUGGUCUGUGCUUCGUACUUGUACCUGCCGGUCCGUAUACUCUAUUCCGCGAAAAGGACAUUAACAUGAAGGUCAAGCUUUUUGGACCGAUUGGCUUCUGUCUGACUUCCGCAAUCAAAUACUGCUUCCUCGGAGCACGUGUCUCAGCAAUUGGAAGAUGUAUCGAACAUGUCGAAAGCGAUUGGCGGGUUGUGCGGCAUCAGGAUUAUCGCAGAAUGAUGCUGAGGAACGUGCUGGUGGGCCGCAGGCUAACAACGCUGUGCGUGAUCUUUCUUUACACCGGCGGCAUGUCUUAUCACACAAUCAUGCCAUUGUCGUCUAGAACCAAGAUGAAUGGCAGCUUUACAAAUAGACCCUUAGUUUAUCCAGGAUAUGAUCUCUAUUUCGAUUCUCAAGUAAGUCCUGCUUACGAGAUCAUCUUUGGCAUGCAUUGCCUGUCUGCUAUGAUACAGUAUAGCGCUACAACGGCAACGUGUAGUUUGGCCGCAAACUUUGCAACGCACGCGUGCGGACAAGUACAAAUAUUAAUGAUGCUGUUGGAUGACCUAGUCAAUGGGAAGAGAACUGAAGGUACCAAUGUGGAAAAACGUCUGAGCUUGAUAGCAAAGCAUCACGUGCGUGUGCUGAGAUUUACGACUGACGUGGAAAAAAUAUUACGUGAAAUAUGUUUACUGGAACUGGUUGCCGCAACUUUGCUGAUAUGCUUGCUCCAGUAUUAUUGCAUGACGGAAUGGGCGAAUAGCGACGCCGUAGCCAUCCUAACAUAUUUCAUAUUACUCAUAUCCUUAACGUUCAACAUUUUAAUAUUUUGUUACAUCGGCGAACUCCUAGUGGAAGAGUUUGGCAAAAUUGGUUCAGCCGCGUAUGAAGUUAAUUGGUACGAUUUACCCGGUCAUAAGGCUGUGGACCUUAUAAUGAUCAUUACGAUGUCUUAUUAUCCACCCAAGCUUACAGCUGGCAAGUUCUGUGAUUUAUCUCUCAACACUUUCAGCACCGUACUUAAAACAUCUGCAGUAUAUUUAAAUUUACUUCGGACAUCAUCGUUACACUUCGCGGGCAGCAUGAUCGAUCGAUCCCAUCUCCCAGGCAGGAUACACAAUGUACGUUACGAGCACGACAUAUACUAUGCCGUGCAGCUAUGUCGGUGGAUCCUGAAGCCAAUCGGUAUCUGGCACAUAAUUUAUGGUCGCUCUUCGCAAAGCGAGAAGCUCCUUUCGUUAAUGCUUAUCUUCGUGUGUUUCUUCAGUCUUUGCUUCGUGAUUGUGCCUGCUGGCUCGUACACUUUAUUCCGUGAGAAGGACAUUAACAUGAAGGUCAAACUUUUUGGACCGAUUUUCUUCUGUCUAACUUCCGCGAUCAAAUACUGCUUCCUCGGAGCGCGUGUCUCAGCGAUCGGAAGAUGUGUCGAACACGUCGAGAGCGAUUGGCGGAUCGUGCGGCAUCAGGAUCAUCGCAGAAUGAUGCUAAGAAAUGUGAUUGUUGGCCGCAGAAUAACGACGCUGUGUGUGAUCUUUCUUUACACCAGCGGUAUGACUUAUCAUACAAUCUUGCCAUUGUCUUCUGGAACCAAGACGAUUGGCAACUUUACAAUUAGACCCCUAGUUUAUCAAGGAUAUGAUCUCUAUUUUGAUCCUCAAGCAAGUCCUACUUACGAAAUCAUCUUUAGCAUGCACUGCCUGUCCGCUAUGAUACAGUAUAGCGCUACAACGGCAGCGUGUAGUCUGGCCGCGAACUUUGCGUCGCACGCAUGCGGACAGGUACAGAUAUUGAUGACACUUUUGGAUGACCUAGUCAGUGGAAAGAAGACUGAAGGUACCAAUGUGGAGAAACGUCUGAGCUUGAUAGCGAAGCAUCACGUGCGUGUGCUGAGAUUCACGACUGACGUGGAGAAAAUGUUACGUGAAAUAUGUUUACUGGAACUGAUGUCUGCAACUUUGCUGAUAUGCUUGCUCGAAUACAAUUGCUUAAAGGAAUGGGCGAAUAGCGACGCCGUGGGCAUCUUGACAUACAUUAUGUUACUGACAUCUUUAACAUUCAACGUUCUGAUAUUUUGUUAUAUAGGUGAACUUCUCAUGCAAGAGUUUGGCAAAAUCGGUUUAGCCGCAUAUGAUGUUAAUUGGUACGAUUUACCUGGUCAUAAAGCUGUGGACCUUGUAAUGAUUAUUACGAAGUCUUAUUAUCCACCCAAGCUUACAGCUGGCAAGUUCUGUGAUUUAUCUCUCAACACUUUCAGCACCUCAUCGUUGCACUUCGCGGGCGACAGCAUGUGCGAUCGAUCUCAACUUACAGGAAGAAUGCUCGAGAUGUACAAUGUACACUACAAGCACGACAUACGUUACACAAUGCAGCUGUGCCGCUGGGUGCUGAAACCGAUCGGCAUGUGGCACCCGAUCUAUGGCCAUCCAUCGCAGAUUGAGAAGUUCAUCUCGAUAAUAUUAAUUGUUAUAUGUUUCUCCGCUCUGUGUUUCGUCCUGAUACCUGCUGGAUUUUAUACUUUAUUUCGCGAGAAAGACAUCAAUAUUAAAGUCAAGCUUUUCGGUCCAGUUGGCUUCUGCCUGACUAAUACAAUCAAAUAUUGUUAUUUUGGUGCGCGCGCUGCCGCGUUCGGAAGAUGCAUUCGACAUGUAGAGGAUGAUUGGCGGUUCGUGCAACAUCAAGCUCGCGGGAUAAUGCUGAAAAAUGUGCUGAUAGGACGCAGACUCACUACGCUAUGCGCGAUUUUCCUUUACACUGGUGGAUUGUCUUACCAUAUAAUAAUGCCGUUAUCUUCCAGACAGAAAAUUAAUGAGAAUUAUACGAUCAGAAUACACACUUAUCCCGGUUACGAUAUACUUUUCGAUCCCGGAGCCAGCCCUGCCUACGAGAUUGUAUUCUGCAUCCAUUGCCUAUUCGCAAUGAUUACGUAUCACAUCACGACGGCAGCUUGUAGCUUGGCAGCGAUUUUUGUGACGCAUGCAUGCGGCCAAAUAGAUAUAUUAAUGUUGUUAUUGGAUGAUUUGGUUGAAGGAAAACGGAGCCAAAAUACCACUGUAAAAAAACGUUUGCGCGUGAUAGCAAGACAUCAUGUACGAAUACUGAGAUUUUCCGCCAAUGUGGAAGAAGUGCUACGCGAAAUAUGUUUACUGGAACUGCUAACUUCAACCUUGACUAUGUGUUUGCUCGAAUACUAUUGCUUAACGGAGUGGAAAAACAGUGAUGCCAUAGCCAUCUUGACAUAUUUUAUCCUAUUAAUAUCUUUCACAUUUAAUGUUCUGAUAUUUUGUUAUAUCGGUGAGCUCCUCGUGGAACAGUAUAGCAAAAUUGGUGCCGCUGCCUAUGAAAUUAAAUGGUACAAUUUAUCUGGAAAUAAAGCUCUCGAACUCGUAUUGAUCAUCGCAAUGUCUCAUUAUCCACCGAAACUUACAGCUGGUAAAUUUGUCGAUUUAUCUAUGAACACAUUUGGUGCUGUACUCAAAACAUCAGUAGUAUAUUUAAAUUUACUUCGUACGGUUACAGAAUAG